AUGUCAACCGAUUUUUCUUGUUUCCUUUAUGGUACUCUGAUUUUUCCUGAAGUUAUUGGCCGCAUACUUAGUAAUGGUGGUAAAGAAAAAAUCACCGUUGAUCUUAAUUCUGGUGCUCCAGCUGUUUUGAAGGGAUAUAAACGUUAUCAAGUUCGUGGUGCUUGGUAUCCGGCCAUAAUAAAAAGUAAUGAAAAUGAUGAAGCAAAAGGUGUUUUUCUUAAAGGUCUUUCCUAUAAUGAUAUUUUGAAACUCGAUGAUUUCGAGGGUGAUCAAUAUAAAAGAAUGGAUGUUAAAGUAUUUGUUGGCGAUUCUUUGGAUCCUAUACCGGCCCAAACUUAUGUUUGGAUUGAUUCUGCUAAUUUGUUGGAUGAUAAAGAUUGGGAUUCAACUGAAUUUAAAAAAAAAUUUGAUAUGGAUAUGAUUGAUUUAUCUAGCGAUGAGAAUAACGAUGUUAAAAAUAGGUGA